AUGACCGGUAUCUUCGCCAUCUUGACACUCCUUCACACGGUUCGCCUCUUCAGAACUAGGACCUGGUUCUGUAUUCCAUUUAUCGUUGGUGGCAUCUUCGAAACUAUCGGAUAUGGCGCACGCGCCGCUAGCAACUCUAAUCGAGAAUCCCUCCCGUUAUACAUUAUGCAGGCGCUGCUGAUUCUUCUCGCUCCAAUCUUGUUCGCUGCUUCGGUAUACAUGAUUCUAGGACGCCUGAUCAGGGCAACCGGAGCUGAGUCCUAUGCCAUAAUACGCGCCACCCGUAUCACCAAGAUCUUUGUCGGGGGAGAUAUUCUUUGUUUCUUGGUACAAGCCAUGGGUGCUGGCAUGCUGUCUGGUGCCGAUUCCAAAAAAGGGAAGGACAGGGGCCAGAAUGUCAUUCUUGGUGGACUUAUUCUCCAGAUCAUCAUAUUUUUGUUGUUCCUUUUGGUUGCUAUAAUCUUUCACAAGAGGCUGCGUAAUCGCCCAACCGGCAAAACUCUCGACGCUUCUAUUACCUGGGAAAGGAUGUUAUCCCAACUGUAUAUUGUUAGUGUACUCAUCACUAUCCGCAACUUGUUUCGUGUCAUCGAAUACGCUGCUGGAGAGGAUGGCUACCUGCUGCAAAACGAAUGGCCGAUAUAUGUCUUUGACGCAUUGUUAAUGGCGACUGUCCUUGCCGUCUGCAAUUUUUGGUAUGUAGGAACGAUGAGGCCUCGAGAAGACGACAUUGAUCUUAGCUCGGCUUAAAGAGUGAAAUUCGCAUUUCACUUCAAACUGAGCUCUCGUUAAUGUGUACUUUCCGGGUGACUUGGCAACUAGGUACCUGAAUACAGGAGUCUAGAUGUCUAAGUUACCCAGCGCCGAAAAGUCAACAAUCAAUUAGUGACUAUUUAAAAGAAGAAGAUUCGAG